GGAAGAGACUCUAGAAAAACAGCCACUCCCCGACUUGCUACAGAUUUUCCCAAUCAAUUUGGUGAUCACAUGAGGAUUUCCCCAACCGGCUCGCCGCCGGUGUUGGGUGUGCUUUUGGCUGCCGUGCGGAUACUUUGGUCACCCGUCUGCUUCCUCCGUUGAAUCCAAACCAUCCAAUCCAGAGGAAAACCGUGCUGAAGGGCAAGAGCUGUAGGGGUACUACUGCUAUGAUACAUAGUACAGUAGAGUACCAGCCUCCCUGCUGAGCUCGGGGCUUUUCCUUUCCGAUAAGUCUGAGAGUUCUGGUCUCAGAGAAUGGGACUAACUAAUGGAAUCCUAGGCUAACCGCUAACGUCAUGCAUUUUUGAACGUCGCAGAUUCUUGUCACGUGGCCAGUCUCUAGUGUGAAACCCAUCGUCAAUCUCAAGGCUGGUCAACAUCCACCCUCAGCUCAACUACAACAUCGCAUCAACCAACAAUGCCAACUCGCGACCGCUACGAUCCGGCUCGAGAUAUCUUCACCUCGGACCCCAUCUCGGCAUCUCCGCCAGCCCGUCCUGCUCCCCCACAGCAGCCCGCAGAGCAGCCCGCCGAGCAGCCCAUUGAGCAGCCCGUUGAGCAGCCCGUUGAGCAGCAACAUGCACCCCCUCUCCAGUCCUCGCCUCCAGCAGUCCGUGUCCGCGAGCCCCCCAGAUCCCCUCUUCAGUCCAGUUCGCCCUCCCGUGGUGCCGCGUCCCAAUCUUCCGUCUCUCCCUCGCGCAAGCGCAAAGCGUCGCCGCCGACACGCAGAAAUGAUGAGAGGGAUCGGCAACCACUUCCCUUGAAGCGGCGUCGUGCGGGCUACGAUGAACAGUCAUCCUCCGCACCUCCUCGUCGCCGCGACAACCGCGAUCGCGAGUACCGUUACAACUCGCCGCCGCCGCCGAUAAUCCCCGCGCCGAAAGAUGAUGACCCUACACCUCCUCCCUCGCGUAGGUCAUCUCCUCCACGCCCACGCAAGCGUCCUGGCACAUCUUCGCGUCUUACCGAGAAGGAAAAGGAACUUCUGCGGCAAACCGUUGAGAAGCGUGAGGCAGAGCAGUCGAAGCCGGCGCUCCCAGAACGUGUCGAGGAGGUGGUGCGUUCGCACUACAACGAUAAGAAGGAACUCGGCAAGGAAUGGCGACAGUCGAGCAAAAUCAAGGGUCUGCGGUCCUUCAACAACUGGGUCAAGAGCACGCUUAUUCAGAAGUUCUCUCCUCGUGACGACUUUGACCCCCGUCGUCCCAGCUACAACCCAAACGAUCACCUCGUCGUUUUGGACAUGGGCUGCGGUAAGGGUGGUGACCUGCUCAAGUGGAAAUCAGCCCCUCAAGAGGUGGGCUUCUACCUCGGUGUCGACUCGGCAGAUGUCUCGAUCGCGCACGCCCGUGACCGAUACAACAGCAUGCUUUCCGACCAACGACGUGGUCGCCGAGGCCAUCCGGUCUUCUUCGCGGAAUUCCACGCCCUGGACUGCUGGACCAACCCACUCAGCAAGAUUCCGAUCGUCCAACGCAUCGGCUAUGACGCUAAUGUUGGCCCUGGAUCACGGGGAAAUCCCCGCCUUUCGCCCGCUGGCUUUGACGUUGUCAGCAUGAUGUUCUGCAUGCAUUACGCCUUCGAGACCGAGGCAAAGUGCCGGGCCAUGCUCAAGAACGUGUCGGGAUCCUUGAAGCCUGGCGGGAGGUUCAUCGGCACCAUUCCGUCCUCCGAUGUGAUCUCUGCACGUGUCCGCGGAACCGACAAGAGAGAUACCCUCCCCGAGAACCCGGAGCACGGAAUCCAGGAAUGGGGCAACUCUAUAUACCGCGUGAAGUUCUCUAAACCGCCUCCUCGGGCCGGAACUUUCCGUCCACCGUGGGGCUGGGAGUACAACUUCUUCCUUGAGGAGGCAGUCGAGGAAGUGCCUGAGUAUGUGGUGCCGUGGGAGGCUUUCCGUGGCAUCGCUGAGGACUACGGGCUCGAGCUCGAAUAUCGCAAGCCGUUCCAUGACGUCUGGAGGGAGGAGAAAGAUCAACCCGAGAUGAGGCAUCUCAGUGAGCGUAUGGGUGUUCGCAACCGUGAUGGUAGCUUUGCGCUCGGCGACGAUGAGUGGGAGGCGUGUGGAUUCUAUCUUGCCUUCACUUUCAGAAAGGGUGGAUUGUAGAGCCCGGCUUUCGUUGGAACAAAAAUAUGGCACUGGCUGAUCAAUUUGAUUUCGGUUCGUUUGCGCGUUUGCAUGUAUGAUUCCACCUUUAAAGGCCUUGCGUCACUAAAAAUGUGAUCGCAAUUGUUCGCGCUAUUGCUUGCUACUGUCGUUCUAAUGCUUUUGAUUUUCUUUGGUCCAUAAAUGCGAAGGGAUGGGACUUGAUGCUGCGACUUGAUGCUGCGACGGGACGAGACGGAUGGGCUGGAUGGAUAGGAUAGGAUAGGGGGAAAUAAAACGUUGAAUUUCGGGACAUCUCCUUCACGUAUGCGGG